UCGAUACGGCUGCUAGCCGAGCGGAGCCGAUGGCGUUUAUGUCGCUACACCACGUGUUGAGUGGUUGAGUUGUGAGGAUAUCACAUGGCAAAGAAAACCUUCUGAAGAAAAUGUAUGAGAUAAAUAAUUAAUUGUAUAUUCUUUAAUUGUGUAUGCGAUAAAGAUGAAGCAACUGUCAGAGGAAAGAACAAAACUCGUAUUCGAGAAGCUAACUAAAUAUAUUGGCCCUAAUGUAAAGAAUUUGAUAGAUCGGCCAGAUGGUAUAUAUUGUUUUCGGGAAAAGAAAGACAGGGUAUAUUAUGUAUCGGAAAAGAUUUUAUCUUUAGCGAAUAAUGUAGGACCUGAUCACUUAUUAAGCUUAGGUACUUGCUUUGGUAAAUUCACAAAAUCGGGAAAAUUCAAGCUACAUAUUACUGCAUUACAUUAUUUAGCACCUUAUGCACAACAUAAAAUCUGGGUAAAGCCUUCGGCAGAACAACAAUUUCUAUAUGGACAUCAUAUUACGAAAUCAGGCCUUGCUCGUAUAACAGAAGGCACUUCUCAGUAUCAAGGCGUUGUUGUAUUUUCUAUGAAUGACUUACCUUUGGGAUUUGGUGUUGCUGCAAAAAGUACAGCAGAUUGCAAACACGCGGAUCUCAUGCAAACAAUUUGCUUCCAUCAAGCAGAUAUUGGAGAAUAUAUUCGUUCAGAAGACACGUUACUGUAGCAAAAACAUCUGUUUUUCUUUUUAAAGGAAACAUCUAAUUUAUACAGUCAAUUUUUAACUCUUUCUUAUUUUAUAACAUAUAUUUAAGAAUAAUCUUAUGAUAAAAUAUAUUACCUAUAUUAAUAUUAAACAGAUAGUAUGUAAUUGUCAUUUUGUUACAUAAAAGAUUAAAACAUUCUUUACCUCCAUUACAUUCGUCUAUAAUUUUAUUAUAAACAGAUUUUGUGCAAUACAAAUUUGAUUUUUAUCA